CUAGUUUGGUCGUCGAGUUCUGACUUUUUCAUCACAAAGAUAAACAUCUCAAACAAAAAGCUCACACAUGACCCAAGAACCCUAGAGAGAAGAAGAAGAGGAAUGAGAGAAUUCAUCCUCGAUUUUGAAGACAUCGCCGAAGGAUUUUGUUGGUACUUUCUUCUUCUCUUUGACUUUCUCUCUGACUCCAUCAUCUCAAUUUCUCUCUUCUUCUUUGCUCUAAUCACAGACUUCUCUUCUUUCCUCUUCUGUCUCAAUUUGAUUUCUUAAAAAAACAAAAAAAAAGAUGGGUUUAAUCAAGAACACAGUUCAUUACUGUUGUGUCUCAAGAGACAAUCAGAUUCUUUACUCUUACAACGGUGGAGACCAAACCAACGAGAGUCUUGCUGCUCUGUGUUUAGAAAAGUCUCCUCCUUUUCAUACUUGGUACUUUGAAACUAUUGGUAAAAGAAGAUUUGGGUUUUUAAUUGGAGAUGGGUUUGUUUAUUUCGCCAUUGUUGAUGAGGUUUUGAAGAGAUCUAGUGUUCUUAAGUUUCUUGAACAUUUGAGAGAUGAAUUUAAGAAAGCUGCUAGGGAGAAUUCUAGAGGAAGUUUUACUGCUAUGAUUGGUUCUAUUAAUGUUGAAGAUCAGCUUGUUCCUGUUGUUACUAGACUUAUAGCUUCUCUUGAACGUGUUGCUGAGAGUAGUAGUAACAAUGAAUUGAAGAGUAGUAAUCUUGGUGAACAAAGCGAAGGUUCGAAUUCUACUAAAGCUCCGUUGUUGGGGAGGUUAAGUAAGCAAGAGAAGAAGAAAGGGAAAGAUCAUGUGAUUGAGCUUGAGGAACACAGGAAGUCUAAUGAUAGAGGGAACAUAACCGAUGAUUCAGCGGGAGCUGGAACGUCGUUGGAGAAGGAGUGUGUGUCGAGUAGUGGACGUUCUGUUACUCAAAGCUUUGAAUGGAAAUGGCGGCGGUUAGUUCAGAUUGUUCUUGCUAUUGAUGCAGCUAUUUGCUUGACACUGUUUGGUAUUUGGUUGGCUAUAUGUCGGGGUAUCGAGUGUACACGUUCGUGAUUGUGCAGACAGAAAAUCGGAUAAACAGAGUCGAUUCUUUACAUUCCCUUGUGCAUUCCAAUAGGCAAAAAAUAUGUUGAUUGUAAUGUGAAGCAUUCUUAAGUUAUAAUUUGGCUUAUGUAUUGCUUUAGUCACAGCUUUGAAAUAUGUACAGUCGGAUUCUAGAUUCUGUUCAGUGUUCUUUGUGACUUCACGAUACAGUAACGUCCAUCUUUAUAUGAUUUAAAUUGUUUGAGCUUCAACUUCAAACUCAAUCCUC